CGUCAUUUGAAUAUUAUUGUCCACGAAUAUGUUUUAUCAGCGAGAAGUGUAAAUUUGAUUUUCGAUAUUAACCAUUUAGUUUUUUAAUAUUCCAAGUUAAAUAUUUGUUAGUGUGUAGUAACUCGAGGCGGUGGCGAGAUGUUGACGUUGAAAGAUAGACAAAUAAAUGCAAUCAAGCAAAUGUUAAAUCUGAAUCAACCCCAAACCAAGGCACUGGCUGCGGAACCGGUGUGGAAGAUCUUAAUCUACGAUCGAAUUGGGCAGGACAUUAUUUCGCCCCUCAUUGCGAUUCGGGAACUGCGCGAGCUCGGAGUCACUCUGCAUAUUCAGCUGCACUCGGAUCGCGAUUCGAUACCAGACGUUCCAGCGAUUUACUUCUGUGCUGCUACGGAAGAAAAUUUGGGACGGAUAGCGCAAGAUUUUCAGAAUGGGCUCUACGAUGUGUACCAUUUGAAUUUUAUUUCACCAAUCUCGCGGCAGCGAUUGGAGGAUCUAGCGGCUGCAGCUCUAAAUGCGGGGUGUGUAGCGAACAUUCACAAAGUGUAUGAUCAGUACGUAAAUUUUAUCACUCUUGAAGAUGAUAUGUUCGUUCUGAAGCAUCAGAAUAGUGAUUCGCUAUCGUAUUAUGCAAUUAAUCGAGCGAAUACACAAGACUACGAGAUGGAGGGCAUAAUGGAUAGCAUUGUAGAUAGUUUGUUUUCAGUGUUUGUGACGUUAGGAAGCGUUCCGAUAAUUAGGUGUCCGAAAAAUACUGCCGCGGAAAUGGUUGCGCGAAAGCUAGAGAAGAAGCUUCGCGAAAAUCUUUGGGAUGCUCGGAAUAAUCUAUUUCACAUGGAUGCCACUCAGACAGGAGCAUUUAGUUUUCAACGGCCUCUGUUGAUACUCAUGGAUCGAAAUGUCGAUAUGGCUACUCCUUUGCACCACACUUGGACAUAUCAGGCAUUGGCUCAUGACGUGUUGGAAUUAUCGUUGAACCGGGUAAUCGUUGAAGAUGAUAACGACAAGUCGUCGGUCACUGGCGCCAAAUCCAAAAUGAAGGCUUGUGAUUUGGAUUCGAGGGAUAAAUUUUGGGGUUCCCACAAAGGCAGUCCCUUUCCAACUGUAGCGGAAGCCAUACAGGAAGAGUUGGAACAAUAUCGUUCGUCUGAAGACGAAAUUAAGAAGUUGAAAUCGACGAUGGGUAUCGAUGGUGAAUCCGAUGUGGCUUUCUCAAUGGUUAAUGAUAACACAGCCCGGCUGACCAACGCGGUGAAUUCUUUGCCGCAACUCAUGGAGAAGAAACGGCUUAUUGAUAUGCACACGAAAAUUGCAACGGCAAUAUUGAACUUUAUCAAAGCUCGACGGCUGGACUCGUUCUUCGAAUUGGAAGAGAAAAUUAUGUCCAAACAGGCACUGGAUAGAGCAUUACUCGAAGUUAUGAAGGACCCGGAAUUUGGUACCCCGGAAGACAAGAUGAGGCUGUUCAUUAUUUACUAUAUUUGCACGAAUGUCGCCGAAGCGGAAUAUCAGAAGCUGGAACAAGUGUUGAAAGAAUGCGGAUGUGACCUGGCGCCGAUGCCGUACAUUCAACGGUGGAAGAGCAUUAUGAAAAGUACCGUGUCAAAUCCCAACCAAUACGAAGGUAGUGGAACCAAAACAGUAUCGAUGUUCUCCAAACUGGUCACCCAAGGGUCGUCGUUCGUAAUGGAGGGUGUGAAGAAUUUAGUAGUAAAACGACAUAAUCUACCGGUGACGAAAAUCACCGAACAGCUAAUGGAUUGCCGUGCGGGUGGCGAAGUCGACGAUUACCUAUAUCUUGAUCCGAAGCUGUUGAAAGGCGGUGAUGUCGUGCCCAAGAAUCGGGCUCCAUUCCAGGAUGCAAUCGUGUUCAUGGUUGGCGGUGGCAACUAUAUCGAGUAUCAGAAUUUGGUGGAUUUCAUCAAAUCAAAGCAAUCCUCCAGCGGUAAUCGAAGGAUAAUUUACGGAGCGUCGACACUGACCAAUGCGAAGCAAUUUCUGAAACAGUUGUCCUUGCUGGGGCAGGAAAUCGGUGGAGCAUAACCUACUGGGGCGGGUGGUUGAGAGUGGCUGGAUGGGUUUCUAGAGUACUACUGCAACAGUUACAUUUGUUAGUUUGCUCGUAGCAAAAAACAGAUUAUAUAAUAAAUAUUAUACUUUCCAGCUUCGUUAUAUAGAAACUCUAA